AUGUAUGCUUUGAAAGAUAAGCAGGCUUCCGCCACGUCGGCGUCUGAAGCCGCAGCCGAAGUCGCAGCUACGGUCGCGACGAAUAAGGACGAUCCAUUGAGCACCCUAUACUUCCGUGACGGCAAGCGACGCAUCGAUUUUGUGCUCGCCUAUGAGAAGCUCGAUGACCACGUGCUGGAAAACCGUCGUGUCACCUUCGAAAAGAACCUGCUCAAAGAAGGACUGGAAAUGGAACUCGAGGAUGCCGUGGCAUCCCGUGACGGCAAGACCAACUUCCUCAAGGUCCACGCUCCAUGGGAGGUGCUUAUAAAUUACGCGGAGAAGCUGCACCUUCGCAUGCCCGUCAAGAAGAGGGGCCGAAUGGUGCCUUUUCCGACACUUAAAGUAGGCAAGGGCGACUGUCCGGCACUGCCAGACCUCAAAGACCUCGAAGAAGGCUCGACAGAACUCGAAGUUGAAGCAAAGCCAACCAAACUGCACACCCUGUGGGCCAGGUUGUGGACACCGUUCCCCUACGACAAAAAACUCAUACCGGACGAGAAGCAGUUCUUCACCGCCGAGUUUGUGUGCCAGCGAGAGCCGAUGUACCUGAUGCAAUACAAGGAGACCUUCUUCUCGCAAGCCAUUCGAAGCCGGAUAGCGUGGGAGGUGCUCAUGAGGGCUGCGUACGAAGACAAAGAAAGUCAGAGAGGCAUACACAAGCUACUCAACGACGACGUCUACUUGGAAGCCUACCCUUUGCAUGACGGUCCCAUCGGGAGAGGGUCCUUCGAUCCUCUCAAAGAAGUUCCCACCGAUAGGAGGCUGCUUUAUAGUGAAUGGGCCCGUCCGGCAGCAUGGUACAAACAACAGCCGCUGGGACUCAUCAGACGAUAUUUCGGCGAGAAGACCGGCCUUUAUUUUGCCUGGCUAGGCUUCUACACGUCCAUGCUAUUCCUCCCAGCGGCACUAGGACUACUGACCACACUCGUCGGCGUCCUCGGAAUGACCACGAACACGCCGACUACUGAGGUCUGCGACCGCAGCAUCGCCGGCGACUUCAUCCUGUGCCCAGCCUGCAACAAAACCUGCCCUUACGAUUACCUGUACAACAAAUGCACAAUUCGCAGGAUAAUCUAUGUUGUCGACAAUGGAGCCACAGUGGGCUUUGCAAUAUUUAUGGCCUUGUGGGCAACUAUCUUCAUGGAGCUCUGGAAGCGUCGUCAAUGCGUUUUGGCAUUGGAGUGGAACCUGAAUGACGUCGACACGCUCACGGACGUUGUGUACCCGCAGUACGAGGCCAAAGCGACGUUAUACAAGCUGAAUCCGGUGACUAUGAUAUACGAACCUUACGUGCCCGCCUGGGAGAAAGUGGCGCGGAUUGCAGCUGCCAACUCCGUCGUCUUGGUGAUGCUGUGCCUGGUGGUGUGCUCUGUGUUCGCCAUCAUCGCCUAUCGCAUCAUCACACUCGGCUGGUUAUCGCGGAAGCCCCAGCUGCGCCCACUCGCCCACAUGGCGACUGCUGUGUCCGCUUCGCUGCUCAAUCUCGUCGUCAUCUUACUCAUGAACAAGGUGUACAGGAAGCUUGCCACACGUUUGACUGAAAUAGAACGUCCAAGGACGCAACACGAAUACGAAGACAGCUUCACAUUCAAGAUGUUCCUGUUCACUUUCCUCAAUACGUACUCUUCGCUUAUCUACAUAGCGUUCUUUAAAGGAAGGUUCGCGACGCGCCCAGGACAACACGGAACUCUGUUAGGGUACAGCUUGGACAAGUGCGAGGGCGUCUGCCUCUACGAAGUGUCUGUCCAACUGGCAAUAGUCAUGGUCGGCAAGCAGAUCGUCAACAACAUCCGAGAGUUUGCACAAUUGCGGCUCACCAACCGGUGGCGCUCGUGGCAGCGGGACCACGUGAGGCGCGGCGGCGCAGUGAGCAGUGGACCGCUGGCCCGCUGGGAGGAGGACUACGUGCUGGCGGAGUGGAGCGUGCUGUCGCUCUUCGACGAGUACCUCGAGAUGGCCAUCCAGUUCGGCUUCGUGACUCUCUUCGUGGCCGCAUUCCCACUCGCUCCGCUGUUCGCGCUCCUGAAUAACAUCGUGGAAAUCCGCCUGGACGCCUACAAGUACACCUCGCAGGUGCGCCGGCCGCUUGCCGAAAGGGUGCCAAACAUUGGGGCAUGGCAGGUCAUCCUGAAAGGUGUUUCCACUUUCGCUGUCAUCUGUAACGCGUUCCAGAUCGCGUACACCAGCGAUUUCAUUCCGCGACUGGUGUACCGCGUCGCGUACAGCAGCGACUUCAGCAUGCGCGGAUUCGUCAACUUCAGCCUCUCGUCCUUCGACACGAGCGACUUCGACAACGACACGCGCCCGGACAACGCCACGCUAGACGGAAUCGUCGUCCGAGAGUGCAGGUACCGGGGAUACCGAGAGCCACCCGGUUCGGAAAACGAAUACGAGCUCACCCUCACGUACUGGCACAUAUUUGGCGCCAGGCUUAUCUUUGUCGUUGUGUUUGAGCACGUGGUCUUUUUCAUAACGAGUCUCGUGGCCGCUCUCAUACCGGACGUGCCUCAGUCAGUGCAGCAGCGGAUAAGGCGGGAACAGAUGGUGGCACAGAAUCUGAUCGCCGGCCUGCACAGCGACCAGCGCGCUCGGUCCCAGCUAGGAUCCAGGAGCAGCUCCUCCAAUGUCAGCAACUGAUCGUCACCAACUUCAGCAUCAUCGCUGCCAAGACUAUCCCGCAAUACAAGUGUGCUCAUCUAAGAAGAAGUGGAGGAGUUUGCUUCGAACUGUUGUUCCUGAAGCAACAUGCUCAGGUCAUGCUGCGACGUCUCGGCGUAGACAAUUUCGAAGAAACAAGCGUUUGAGGAUUUAUGCAUCCGAAUAAAUUAGACACUG